AUACACAUUUGCACACAAAUACAUCGACAAUACCGAAAAACUGUCGCUGAUUUUAUUGUUGUAUUUUCCAGUUCAGUUCAAUAGAAAAUUUCGGACAUGGUCGUUUUCAGCCUGUGUCUAUCUGUUCAUACGUAGUUGAAAUUAGCAGAAAAUAUAUAGACAGUGAGUGAAUUAGUGUGUUAGCUAAGAAGUGAGGAACAAUAAAGAAUAUCUCUUUUUUUGUGUGAAGAAAACUGCGACAACCAUUCAAAUUUGCGAUUAUAGAUUUUAUUUUAUUUUUGUGUAGUAUUUGAUUCUUUCAACGAAUUUUGAGUCAGAAAAGACACGAUAAAAAUAUAAAAUUGAAAAACCAAAAAAAAAACGCACAAAGAAUUCGUACAGUGUGUGAAGUGUCUGUGUGUAUAAAACAAAAUUGUAAGCGAGUAUCAAAAAUAAAGGGAGCGCAGAGGCACAAGAAAAAAAACACUACGAAAUGGCGUCAAUGGGGAUAUGCCAAAAAUGAUAUUGGGUCGUGUUUAAAGAGCCCAAAGUGGCCAAAUCUACGCAUUUUGCACACGAAAAGUCAUAAAUUCCGUUUUGUUGAAAAAGAGCAAACCAAGUGCAUUGAAUUCUAAAGACGGCCUUGCUCUGUUCGCACUGUGAAACACCAUCAGCGAAAAAUUCAAUUCCAUCUGAUUGAUUGACUUGAGUGUGUACAGGUGAAGACAGGCGAAAGUUCGCUUCUGUCAAAUGGUUUCUGGCGAGUUUGUUCAUCAAACACGCAAUCACAAUAGACAAUUUAACAACGCUUCAUAUUUUAUAACAAUCGAAUUAACAACAUAGCCAAUUGAAUGUGGAGCUGAGCAGUGUGCUCCAAUAGUAGGGCUCGCAUUUCGAUAGUUAGAUAGGAUAGUGGAUUUAUAAUCUUAUUGGAUUUCGUAUUAUUUUCAAUCGAGAUAAAACAAAAAUUUUGAAGAAAAAAAAAACAAACAAACGAAGCCAAGUGAUUAAAAAAAACAAAACUCAUCCAUCGACGUUAUCAGAAGAGACAAACACAUUUGAACGCCCCAUACGACACAAGUGUACGGGCCCCAAUUAGCGAACAGUCAAUAUAGUGUGUUGUCGUUUUGAUCACAGCCCAAGUCGUUGUGCACUUUUCUCAAUGUCGUCGGUUAAGCGAUCAACUUUGGUUUCAUCAGAACACGGACAAUUGAAAGCUCCUGACAAAUGGGAAACAUUGUCAAAAACAACCAAUGCAUUGGCCGCAAACACAUCGGAUCCUAUAUGCGACACAAUGUCAUCAUCGACAGCCGCAAAAACUCAAAUGCAACAGCAAUCACGAGAUGCACCGAAAUCAGGCACUUCUACACAGCAAGUCGCAAAGAAUCUUGAUUUGGAUGAUAAUUUGAAUUUGGAUGAUAAUGAAUUAAAGAACCUACUGGAUGAAGCGUUUACAUACAAAGGACCAAAAGAUAAAGAAAAUAAAAGUGAAUUAUUUAAGGAGCUCCUACAUAACGCUGAACUCGAAGAUCAACAGAAAGACACAUUUUACUCGUCACAUCAUUUUCGUGGGAACAGUCGGCGUCCGCAUACUAGUGGCUCGCUGCAAGAUCUAGUCAAUGAACAAUUAUUAGAUUCGGAUUAUAUGCUGGGACCGCAAUCGCGUCGCCAUCAGCAAAACUCACGAUACACCAAAAAUUCAUCAUCAGUUUCGUCACGACAACGUGAAGGUGGCAGCUUACCAAACAAUGUAAAUUCAUCGAGCUACUAUCCAGUAUCGUCGUUUUCACUCUCCAAAUAUCAUAAAGCAAAUGCAAAGAGUAACACAAAGACUAAGUUGGAAGCACAUGAUUAUGAACGCAGCGCGACAAAUCAUCAUCGAACUGGCGAAAAAGUGAGCUAUUGCGACGAAAUACAAAAAUCGGUUGCAUCAACAUCUGCGUCUGUAAUUAAUGCAAACGAUAAAAAACAUACCAUAAUCAAUAUAGAAGAUCCGGAAGAAGCCAGACAUUUGUUGGCACAUGAUUCUUUGGCUCAGGACACAUCUGAAAAACAUAGGGAUGAAGGUACCGAACUAGUGCAGUUGAAGAAGCAUCGUCUUGCAACAAUGAACUAUUUAACGACUGUUAAAGACCACGGCGAAGCAGCACGGCAAAAUUGCCACGUUGACGCACCGAUCCAUUUCUUGAAAUAUUCGUCUCCAACGAUCAGCACAAAAAGUCCAAUUGAUCCAAAAUAUGUGCCCAAUAGACACGUCCAUUUAACUCCACCACAGGUGGCCCCAAAUAAGCUUGAUGAAAAUGGCAAUGCCAUCUUACCAAAACCAACCACAAUUCCACUGACAACCAAUCCUUCAAAGCCUCCGAAAACGAAGCGCAGCAACAAAGCGGAUCGUAAUACAACGACUUGGACAGUGCCACAGGAUAGCGAUUACAAUAUCGAUUCGAUUGUGGCUUUUAUCGAAAAUAAGGAAAUAUCAAAAAAGACCAAUAUCAUCAAUGUGAACAAGAAUAACCUCAGCGCAACGGAACGUAAUCGAAAAGAGAAGAAAAACUUGGGCAACAAUAAGAAAGAGAUGAACCGACUGAAAAAGAGCACAUCCAUGGAAGAGCUAAAAAGUAGUAGUAAGAUUGAAGAGGAGAUUGCUCAAUCCGAACGUGCCCAGGUUUCAUUGCGACAGAAGCAAAUGCAAAAUGCACAAAAGCGUAGCACGACAUCGGACAAUUCAAAGCCGCCGCCGCCACAGCAGAACAACAACAACAACAACAAACGCGGUGAACGUCGUUCAUGGGGCACAGAAGAGCUCAACGACUUUGAAGCGACCGAGGAUCGGGACGCCAAGAAACACAAAGAAAACAAACCAAAUACGAAAAAUAACAAAAAAUCGGAGCAACUUACAUUGACCAAUGCAUCUAUUGAGUCGAUACCAACGAAUGUUGAGGCGGCCGAAUUUCACGUGGUCACCAAAAAGAAGAAGACGAAAAAGCGACAGAUUUUAGAAGAGGCUAAAGCAAAGCAACAACAAAUGAGCCAACGCGAUCCGGCCCAAUCGCACGGCCGCAAUUCGAAUAGCAAUACAAUGAGUGGCGGCAAUAAAUAUCAGCCUAGCAGUACCUAUACCAACGAUCGUGACAUUUAUGUUAACUCAUUGAUGACCAAGGAAAAUCGUCGCAAAUCCACAUCAUCAGUGCCACCAUCCGAUAAAUCCGAUUCCAGUGAUCUUGACUCAGUGCAUUCGUUACCAAUCGAAUCGACCGUCACCUGCACAUCAUCAUCAAUCAUAUCGUACGCGGAAAUGGCUCGCAAAGCAAAUCAACCGCCCGAAAAAUUGUCGAAUGUUAAUGCAUGGCCAUCGGUUUCACAAAACGGCAAAAAUAGCGAAUCGCCGGAAAAUUCAAACAUUAGCACAAGUAGUAGUACGGUCAGUUCAAGAAGUCAUGCGUCCAACAAAUCGUACGACACAAUCAAGACAUCAUCGCCGAGUGAGGAGAAGUCUUCUUCAAAUUUGGAUGAUUCACGCAUGAUGGAAACACCGAAGCUCGGCGAGUACGUGAAGAAUCAGUUGCAAAAAUCGAAAAGUUGUGACAGCGAAAAGUAUACGACAACGAUGAGCAUGGAUCAAUUCCCUGGCUUGGAAAAGACAGUCAAGCCGCAGAAAUCGCACCCGAACUUUGCAUCAGUUUUGACAUCGCCUCCACCGCUGCCGACAUCAACACUAUCUACGCCGGCAGCAGUACCAGUACCAACUGCGGCACCAGUUUUUCCAGCAGUAGCAGCAACAACAACCACAACAGCCAAUGAAAAACCAGUCAAGGGGCCUACAGCAAAGAAAUCACCAACACCAACUGAAGCCAAUGUAAUUCAGAAGGAAAAUGCAAUCAAGGCGCAAAAGCACGUCGAGGAAAAGGUCGACAACAAAAUUAUAGUUGAUGCGAAUUGCUCGAAAUUGCAAUUCGUCCAAAAUAGUGCAAAAGCUGAAGAGAUCGCCAACAGCGAUUCAUGCAAUCUAUUUGCUCCGAUCAAUAUGAAGAAGGCCAAGAAAUCACAGCCGAAUGUAAUCACAGCACAGCGCACGGCACGUCAAACUGCUGUCAUUUUCAGUGAUCGUGAAACGAACCAUGAAAAUGUGAGCCCUUUGCUGUUUGGUGACUUCAACGAUGACAUUUUGCAGCUCAUGAAGCAGGAAGAAAAUCAUGUGGGUAGCGACACUCCAAAUGGUCCAAUUUCGAUUACCGACUCGUCCGCCAGCAAUUGUACCAACGCAUUCGAAAGUGCCGUAAAUCAUGCAAUAUACGAUUGCAAUCAAUCAAAACCAAAUAUUCUUACACCGAUGAUGUCUUCACAAUCCGAUCCAGGAUACGCUUCCGCACAUCGCACCACUGUUCCGACUGAAUCUCAUGAGGUGGUUGAUAAUCAUCAAAUUCAUACAGAAAAUCACGUCGUUGGAAAUAGCACAAUCACGGAGCUAUCGAUUAGAAAGAGCAACGUAACAAAGAAAACCACUUUAAAUAAAAUCAAUGUCAAUAAUAAUAAAAUCAGUGAUGUAGUUAGCAACCAAUCAUUAAAUAAUAACAAUAAUACGAUAAACAAUAAUGUUAGUUUAGGCGAUGCGACAGCCAAAGUUGUCAGUGUUUCGCAAUCGAUUAGUGAUUCAGAUAGUUUGAAUAACAAUAUAAAUAUAGAAUUGAACGAUAAAAAUCGAAAUCAUGGUACUGAUGGUGAUGUUAUGAAGGCGCAACAGCAGCAAAAGCUACAACAACAACAACAACAACAACAGCAGCAGCCGCAGCACCACCAUAAUGAUGCCGGCAUCACAAAACCAUUCAACGCCCAAAACAAUGUACAUAACACAGUUUCAAAAACUGGCAACCAGUCAGCUUCAAACUAUCAACAACAGAAAGUUAUCAUUACCCACGAUAGCAUUAAUAAAUCCAUAGAUAAUAUUAGUAAUGGAUCGAAAAUGAUACCGAUGUUAAACAAAUUGUCUGCAACGGAGAAUGAGGUCGUUCCCGUUAACUCUCAUCCUGCCAAUGUUCCUCAAAAAAGCGCCAGCUUCGCUGAAACUCGAGUGCCGUUCGUCACUCACAAUCACAACGACAUCGUUCAUUUCGUCGGCUCAGCUUGGGAGGAAGUGAAGUAUGGCCGUGCUCACUAUUUCAGCGGACAAUAAUAUCGAAUUUAGUGAAUUAUCAAAUUCACAACUACGCAUCGUAGCGUAAAUGAGAACACAUCCUACAUACCAAGUCGACGAAAACAUUAAAGCAAAACAUAGAAUAUUUAGAAAGUGCAGAUAAACUAUCAAAAUCCGCUUUUUACAGUUCUUGCCACCCGAUCUAGUUAGUUGCAAUAUAUAACUGUGGCAAUUCGGAUAUCAUCAUUGCAUUUGUGUGUGCAUCUAAAGAAGGUUCCUCGAUAAAUUACAGAGUUGCCAGACACAUCUGCCAAUAUCGAUUACCAAUCAUUGGGCUUAUAAAUAAAUUCUAUAUUUAAACUUUUCUCCCGGAAAAUUAAAACUUAAUUCAUUGAAACCGCGGCGGGCAAACACAAAUUAAAUAAAAAAUCUAAAGAGAGUUUUUUUUUAAAUUUGGAUAAAACAAUCCGUUUCGUCUCGUAUGAAUAAGAAGUGUGGAGAAAUGAUAUCUAAAGCCAAAAAAAAAAUAAACCGCUAAAAAGACGAAAUUUUGAAAAUUUCAGUUUUUUUUUACAAAGUGAUUGUGCACUUAUAAAAAAAAUGCAAACAGUCAUUACUAGAAAACACUCAACCUUCACAUCCAAUUAGAUUUUUUUUUUAUUUUUAACAUUUUCAGUUGAUUUAUCUGUUCUCAUUUUAAUUAUGUUCAUUUAAUACAGAAGAAAUGAUAUAAAAACUGUUGUUAUUGCUUCAUAAAGAGAAUAUAAGUUGAAUGAAACUGCA